AGAGGGAGGGACCAACCAACCAACAGACGGCUCCAUCGUCUCGCGGCGGGCGGCGGAGCCUGUGGCGGCAGCUGCUGCUGGGCCGCGCGGAGCCAGCCUCGGCUCGUCGUCGUCGAGGGACGCCUUUUGGCCGACGGCCUAUUUCCUCAAACCGGAUAUGGCUCGUGGACAGCAGAAGAUCCAGUCACAGCAGAAAAAUGCCAAAAAACAAGCUGGACAGAAAAAGAAACAAGGCCAUGAUCAGAAGGCUGCAGCUAAGGCUGCUUUAAUAUAUACAUGCACCGUUUGUAGGACACAGAUGCCAGAUCCCAAGACCUUCAAGCAGCACUUUGAGAGUAAGCAUCCGAAGACUCCACUCCCUCCAGAACUGGCUGAUGUUCAGGCAUGAAGUUCACAGGUGAAUUCAUGGAACCGAAUGACUCUUCUACUGUCAAACAUUGCAUAACAGAUCUGCAGCUGCUUUUCUAACAAACUGUUGAUCAGCAAAAACCGAAGGGGCUAUAGAAACAUUCAUAUUUUUAUGCUGUUCCUCUUGGGCUUCAUGUAAAGACAAAUCUAUGUAACUGUACAGUUGUGCCCUACUUGGAAAUCAAAAAUUGGUUCAUUCUUAAAUUUUUUACAGUUGUAAUUAUAUUGAUGUUCAUAUUAUGUAAAAUAACUCAUUUAAUAAAAUAGUACUUUGAUUUUACAAUAUCACAGGUCAGAUGCUUGGAGAAAUUCUGCUUUCAGUACCUCUGUUUUAUUUGCCUUACAAAAUCUUAUCAAGUGAACUUCUCCCCCAGCCAAAAAUGAAGCAGUGUCAUUACUCUAACACCAUUGCUGUUAACAGAGUUCAUCUUAACUACAAAAUUAUUUCUCAUUCAACAUGCUGUUUGCUUUGAACAUGGUUAUCUUUUCAAUACUUAGUAUCUCUGGAGAAGGAUGUUUUUUCAAGACUGUUUUGUUUUGAGGCCUUUACGAAACCGGCCAUUAUGAAAUUCCACUCAUGGACAUAAACACACUUUUAUCUUGGAUUUAUGCACUGGAGUUAUCUGCAGUACACUAAAUCCUCAUGUUGGAUAGUAGGCUUGUCCAAAAUACAGUUAAGCUGAACUUUUUUUCUGUCCAUGAUCUGAGUGGCCACACCUACUAUAGCAAACUGAAAUAACUGAUCUUUGUUUUGAAGUUUCAUUAUGUAACUUCUUAAAUGCACCUCUGACAAGUCAGCCACACUGGCUGCAUUAGCAUGUAAAAUGACUACUGAAAUGGUUUCCCGUUUGAAAGAGAGUGGCGAAUAAGCUUAUUUGAAGGAACAUAAUGAUUGCUAAUUAAACUUUGAUUCUUUGGAACUAAUUAAAUGGGUUGGGCAGAAGUUUAAAAAUCUGUUGUCUAGCAGCGCUGUUUAUAUUUGUUCAAAACAUAGUUUGAGUGAUUCGCAGAUUUUCGAUCUCAGGUUCAGAGCACAUAAGUUCUGUCCCACUUGCUUUUUUACUUUAAAAGACUGCUAACUUCAUGGGUGGCUUAGUGAGGACUGAUUUGUUGCCGAGACACUUGAGGGAACAGCAACCAAACUUCCUUUACUUUGUGCCUGGGUCAUUCAUCUUUUGGUCUGAGUACCUAAAGUUAUUCUUUGGUUUAAACCUGUACAUAGAAAUUGCACAUUUUGUGCAUAUAGCAGCUCUGAUACGUUUUCAUACACAAUUUCAGUAAAACUAUCUUUUACUGUAGUCAUUCUGGGUUGAAUCUCGAUAGUUUUCUGUCUCUCUUGAACUUGUACACCUGUCUUGUAAAUGCAGUCCUUGAUCCAUUUUGCAUUUUCACUUGACAGUAUUGUCUUGCUAUAAGUGGACCUCAGUAAGCAAGAAUUGUCUUUCUAGAUUUCAGUGGGCUACUUAAAUGUUAAAGCUUAAUUGCUUUUAAUUAAGUAGAUGAACAAGAUGUUUAUUAAUUUUACUUUAAUGGUUUGUUUUUGGAGGGGAUUCUAAAAGGCUACUUUCAGACAAGUUCAUUCCUCAAAUGGAUAACCUGUAAUGUUCUCUUUCAGAAUAUUCAGCAGCAAAUAAAAAGGGGCUUGCUUAAAAAUUGUUUGGGAACAGUAGAUAUAGUACAAGUGAUUCACCUACAUGCAGUCUUUGCAUUUUCUAAAUUGCUGUCAUCAAUAGUUUGUCUAUGCAUUGAGCAAGUCAGUUCUUGGUUUUAUACACUAUUAAAAACUGUUACAGAUACUUUGUUUCUAACCGGUUAAAAACCACCAUAAAAUCUUGACCUUCAACACACCUGGGAACAAAUGGGGGAGGAGGGCAGGGGAAGGGCUGAAAAUAGUCGGAGGCUUGAAUACGUUGUUGGUUUAAGGGGUAUGGGUAUAAGGGAUACUUGUGGAUAAACUUUCCUCUUUCCAUAUCUUGUGGAUGGUAUCCUGUUCAUUCUGGAUAAAAGGACACAAGUGUGCAUUGUAAUGUGUCAGAUUAAAAUCUUUUAAAAAGCAAAA